AUGGCGCGCUGUCGCGGUGGUGGUGUUUUUGCAGCUUUCUCUCUGUCUGCGGUGGGAGUUCUGCUGUUGAAUUCUUCCGUCGUACACAGCCAGUUGCUUCCAGUUGUCAUCAACACAUGGCCGUUCGUAAACGCCAACUACAAAGCUGUUCAAGUGGUGCUGAAGAACGGGUCUCACUUGGACGCAGUGGAGGCUGGCUGUUCCGAGUGUGAGGUGGAGCAGUGCGAUGGCACAGUCGGCUAUGGGGGAAGUCCUGAUGAAAAGGGUCAAACUACUCUCGAUGCUAUGAUCAUGGAUGGUGUGAAACGUCCGGUGAUAGACAGCAAGAACCAUGAUACCAUUGGCAUGAUCGUGAUUGACGAAAUGGGCAGAAUAGCCUGUGGAACUUCCACCAACGGAGCCAGUCAUAAGAUCCCCGGACGAGUAGGAGAUUCCCCCAUUGCCGGUGCCGGUUGCUAUGUCGACCAAGACGUGGGUGGGGCCGCUGCCACUGGAGAUGGUGACCUAAUGAUGAGAUUUCUCCCUGCGUACCAGGCAGUAGAAGGAAUGAAACAAGGGUUGACGCCUACUAAAGCAGUUCUCGAGGCCCUGAACAGAAUCAUUGCCUAUCACCCUGACUUUAGUGGAGCACUGAUUGCUGUGAAUGUGACCGGACAUUACGGUGCUGCAUACCAUGGGUUCUCGUCUUUCCACUAUACUGUCUUUAAUCCCGAACUGAAAAACUCUACAGUUAUUAAUGCAGAAGUAUACUGAAUUGCACCAUAUUAAUAUAUUAUUAAUGAUUCA